AUGUCGCACACAAACCCUUCCGCGCCGGCAGUCGGUGACAGCCAAGACGCCGACGUCGAGCAUGUCGACCACAUCCAGGACAUCAAGGCCGCCCAUCGAGGGCCCCAGAUCGAGGCCGCGCUCUCGGACGAGCAGCGCCGCCUCGAGGCCCGCAUCCGCCGCAAGGUCGACCUGCGCCUCAUCCCCAUCCUCGGCAUCCUCUACUCCAUCGCCGGCCUCGACCGCGUUAACCUAUCCAAUGCGCGGGUGGCAGGCAUGGACGAGGAGCUCGGCUUCAACGUUGGUGACCGCUACUCCAUCGCCCUGCUCGUCUUCUUCAUCUCCUACUUCAUCUUCGAGCUGCCCUCGACGCUGUCCCUGCGCUGGAUCGGCCCCAGGCUACUGUUGAACGGGCUCGCGUUCAGCUGGGGCGUCGUGAUGUUGGGCAUGGGAUUCGCGCACGACUGGCGCGUCAUUGUGGCCUGCCGGUUCCUCAUUGGUGUCUUUGAGGCUGGAUAUCUGCCGUGCUGCCUGUAUCUCGUCAGUACUUGGUACCAGCGGUACGAGGUCCAGCAGCGCAUGGCCAUGUGGUACAUGAUCAACCUGUUUGUCUCGGCUUUUGGCAACAUCCUCGCGUAUGCCAUCAUUCUGCUUGAUGGCAAGCAUGGCUACGCCGGUUGGAGAUGGAUCUUCAUUAGUGUCGAGGGAGCCUUCACCAUCGGCUUCGCCUUCAUCGGCUACCUCUUCGUCCUGCCUUUCCCCGAUCAGAUGCUCGCCACAGGCCACAAGGCCAACUUCACGCAGGAGGAGCUCGAGGUCGUCCUCGACCGCGUCGAGCGGGACCGCGGCGACGCCGACCCGGACAAGCUCACCUGGUGCAAGGUCCUGCGCCUCUGCGCGUCCUGGGAGCUCUGGGUCUACGGCUUCAUGUUCAUCACCUGCUCGGCGCCCAUCUACGCCUUCGCCUACUUCAUCCAGAUCAUCCUCAAGACGCUCGGCUACUCGACUGCCGUGGUGUUCCUGCUCUGCGCGCCGCCCUACCUCCUGAGCAUGCUGACGACCUACGGCGUCGCCUGGCUCGCCGACCGCACGCGCCUGCGCAUGCCGUGGAUGGUCCUCGGCGCCGCCAUGACGCUCACGGGCCUGCUGCUGACGGCCUACCACUUCGACAACGGCGUGCGCUACUUUGGCGUCUUCCUCGGCGUCGCGGGCUGCAACCAGAACCUGCCCACCAUCGUCGCCUUCCAGUCCAACAACGUGCGCUCCAACAGCCGCCGGUCGGUCGCGUCGGGCGUGCAGAUGCUGUUCGCGUCGCUGGGCGGCAUCUACGCCAGCUGCACCUUCAUGCAGGCCGAGUACCCGACCUACCGCACCGGCGUGUGGUGCGCCGUCGGCACGCAGUUCCUGCUCAUCGCGCUGGUCGCGCUCAUGUGGUGGCACUUUCGGCGGAUGAACAGGCGGGCGGACGAGGAGGGCGAGGUCAUCCAGGAGGAUCCUACUUUCCGGUAUACGUUCUAG